CGCAGUUGGUUGCUAGGUGUGAAAGAACUGAUGCUUUCUCACAAUUAAGCAGCUCCUCAGUUUACAGGUCGACCACAACAAAGGAACAACUCGUCCUUUUUGCGCUGUCCCGGAUAUUCCGAGCUAAAAUAUGGCUCUUUAAACUCGUGAAGUAGUUAGACCCGAAAAUAAGUCGUGCUUUGCUUUAGCAACGCACCCCCAAGCGCUCUACAGUUUUCUCUGCAAUGAUGGAGUUUCAUUAUGCUCACCCAGCCCUGCUCUCCGUGGCCCAUCUGUCAGACCCUGCUUGCGCUCAGCAUAUGCUUGGACUUGGACUGAAUCAAAGCAUCAAUAGACAAAAUGAUGGCAACAUCAGCUCCUGUUUGGAAGACACUUCGUGUCUGCCCGGCAGACCCCCUCGCUCUCUCUCACCCACAGGCUAACCACAGCCAAUCACAGGGGUGCAGGGGGGAGGUGUCAGAGGAGAGUCAGCACUUAAUUGGUAAUGGUCUCACUGACUGGAUGACGGAAGAAGUGGAUUUCUCCUCGUACCUCCCAAACCCUCCUUCCCCUCCCUCCUCCACCAAUGCCUCCCUUCCCCCUUCACCCCUUCAGAAUGAUAUCCAGGUGCCCUCUGACUUGGAGGUCAUGACCUCUCUGCUGCAAGAGGAACUUGCACAACUAGAGGACUACUUCCUGUCUGAACCACUGCCAGAGAAAGGGCCGAGGCUGGGAAAAUGCGACAGGGGUCCACUGCCGGCGGGUCCUCAGCCGUUCAGUCAGCUGCCAUAUGCAUCAUACUCUACAUCCAGCCAAUCGGAAUCCAGCCCGCUUCUUGUUACCCUGGCAACCGGAGAACUGGACCUGCUGAGUAUCUGUGGCGGGCCCAUUGGGCGAUCCAAACUUCCAAGACACGCCCCGUACAGCUGCAGUCGCCCCAGUGGGUGUGGUAGGAAAAGAGUUCCUGAUGGUGUGAGGUUCAGUGAAGGCUAUGAUAACAGUUUGUUGAGUUCCAAAGGAAAUAACUCAGGUAACUCAGCGGUGACCCUUACAGGUAGCUAUGGCUGUGUAGAGGACGAGCAGCUGGUAGGGAAAAGCUACUGUCUGGGCAGUGCAGUCGAGGUCAGAAGAUGUGCCGCUCUACCAAAAGAAGAGAAAAAUUGCUGUUUCAGUCAAGAUGUCAUAGGUGGUGCGAAGGUUGUUGGUGGUGGAUUUGGCUUUGGUGGAUCACUUGAUGUCCCACAUAAGAAAGAGGAUCUGCUGAUGUAUAGCAUGAGGGAGGUCAGCGGAGGCACUGGUAACAACGAGGUGCUGAAUAGUAUCAAAGCUAGUGUGGAGGUGACAAAAGCCACCGUUUCUUGGAAAACAGAGAGCAGCGAAGUUUGUUAUCUUCCAGCAAACCCACAGUCUGAGGCCUAUCAUAGCUUCUUAGGCAACAUCAACGAACAGGUGAAAUCAGAGAGUCUACAGAUAGCACAGCAUGAUUUACACUGUAAUUUCCUGGAGGAUCAGGGACCAGAGUGUCUUGUAAUGGCUAGGGAGAGUCUGAAUGUGGAGUCUUCAGGGCACAGACAAGCAUGCAGGCUGAAGGAAGACCACUGUUCUGUGAAAUACGAAGUCGACAUCAUUCCAGCUGAAGGCGGCGAGCGCAAACAGAAGAAGAGAGAUCAGAACAAAACUGCCGCUCAUAGGUAUCGCCAACGAAAAAGGGCGGAGCUAGAUUCUUUGGAGGAACAGUUGCAUUGCCUUGAAGGGAGGAACCGGGAGCUCCGAGACAAGGCAGAGUCGGUAGAACGUGAAAUCCAGUAUGUCAAAGACCUGCUGAUUGAAGUUUACAAGGCCCGUAGCCAAAGGCACAAGCAGGACACAACAGCGUAACACCAGGCUUCUGCAAUUACAUUUAAAGAGGGCGUAACAGGGAAAAUGUUUGUGUCUUUAAGAUUGUCCAGAAUUUAAUGUUUAAUUUUUUUUUCAUGGUGGGUGGGGUAAAUGCAUGCUUUGCUAAUGUGAAUAAUUUUUUACAUUUUAAAUCAACACUUUAUCCAAUGCUUCCAUUGCUUUCACACUCUAAUCACUCGAGCCUGCACUGUGGCAUUGCAAUGCUUUAAAUGACAAUCAUUCUUAACAGAUCUCACACUGCGUGAAUCUACUAAAUCUACUAAUUGAAAUAGGGAAGUAAUGUUUAAUAUUUUUAAUAGCCUUACAUUGGAAUUGUUGUCAGCAAUAGAACUUAAUGUUUUUUUCUAUUUAAAAUUUUUAUUUGCAAUUACUUUAUCAUCUUUUUCAGUAGUUGAAGUACUCAAAAAUAUGUUGUUGGUGUCAACAUGUGAAACAGCAGUAUUUCAUUUUGCGCACAUCUUUCAAACCAAAUACUUUUCUAGAAUAAUUUCUACCCUCCCUUGAACAGCAAAUUAUAUUUCAAUUGCUAUGAAUAUUUUAAAAUAUUAGAAUGAUGGUUGAAGAUGUAUUGGCUUUUACAAUUGUGGAAAGAACUGCUGAGAAGAGCAAAAUGUUUUGAGCGUGUAGAUUCUUUUUUCCCCCCUUUUCUUUUUGCUGAAGGUCAAACAUCUAUUUUACCUUGCUUUGUUAGAAAUGUUACUUUGUCUGCUGUAUUUACAUUUGUUUUAUUUUCCUGAUAUUUGCAUUAUGCAAAUUAUGUGACCAAAAGAGAACUAACUUAUCAUUUGUACUGUUUUGAAGGUGGAAACUGGCAUUUUAUUGUGUUUGUGGCAAUUUGUUACAUUUUCUUCUGUUGCAUUUUGCAAAUUAUACAAUCUCUUUUGCAGCUCAGGAUAUGCAAUUUGUCCUCCAGUUCUAUAAAUGUCAGUGGAUGAUUCAUGGCAGGAGACUACAGACUUCUGUCCUUCAUUUUACAUGGUAAAGAUUUCACUGCUAUUGACAUAGGCCUACAGGUUUUCCUGAAAGAAAGAAAAAAAAAGGUUUUCUUAUGUACAAAUAUUGUAACUAGUGGAGAUUUAGCAGCCCCCCUAUGCAUGUUUUUCCAUGAACAUACUCUCUCUCUCUCUCUCUCUUUGAAUAGAAAAUGUAGGAUUUCAGAACCAAGUCGGGAAAUAUUUCUCUAAACUGCUUGUUAAGGCAAUAAGUUUUAUAGGCCUCUGGCUGAUCUGCACUAAUUUGUAACAACUUUUGUAUGUUCAGGGAGUGGAGUGUGUUAGCCUUUUCUUUGUAGAAAAUUAACUGAAAAAAUCUCAUUAGAUUAUUUGAUAAGGCUUUUGCAGUGUUAGCUUUGGUGUAAGAGGACAUGUCUAAAUUAUUUUCCAGUUCAUUAGUUGCUGAGCAAAUACCCACUACUGUUACUGUAGUUAAACAUGCCUAUGCCGAGGAUAGAUUUUUUCUAUGCAUAUUUAUUUUAAGACAAUCUUGGAUAUGAGCACUGACUUUUAUUUAUAUAUUUAUUUAUAUUGUUUAUUCAGUUUUUGGCAAGAUAUUCAUGUCACAUUGUUUGACUGUCCUGCGGUGUACUAUCAACUCCGAUUGUUAAAACCAAAAAUAUGAACAGCACAUAAGGCUUUGUAAUUUCAAGUUAAUUUUAUCAUAUAGGCCUAUGCAUAUUUCUUUGUGAAACGUCAACUUUUUUCCUUUCAACAAUAAAUUAUGUCAUCAACUCA